AUGACGGAAAUAUUAACUGGAAAACAAGCUUUUGAAGGUUUAGAAUUUAUUCCUGGGACACCUAACUGUUAUGUUAAAUUAGCUAAGAGAUGUAUGGAUCCAAAUCCUAAAAACCGACCUACUGCAAAAUCUGUUAAUUUUCAAGUUGGAUUUUGGAUCGAAGAAAGUCAACUCGUCUCUAAUGAGUAA